GUGUUCGCUUUUUACAAAUUUAAAAGUUAAUGUAUAUAAACUUUAAAAAUAUUUAUUCGGUUACUAAAUUUAUAAGUACACGUUGUAUACAAAGCAAAUUAGCAAAAAGAAUGUAUAAAGUAGAUGAUAAUCGACUCGAAACGUUUCGACGGGUUUGUGAUGAAAUAGCAGAAGAACGAAGUUAUAAACAAAAAGCAAAAAUUUUGGAAAAUUUCUUUAAAAAAGGGAGUGAUAAGAAAGACUUUAAGGGUGAUAUGAUAUUAUGGGUUCAGAUGUUAGUACCAAGCGCUUCACAACGAGUGUAUAAUUUGCAGAAUAAGCAAAUGCUAAAGCUGUUUGCACGUAUCUUUUCGUGUGACGUACAAGCUAUGCAUAUGGACCUAGAACAAGAAGGUGAUGUCUCUGAAACAGUACGGAAAUAUUUUGAAGCAUCAACAAAACUGAAACCGCAAAGCAAAAGUACUCUGUAUUUGCAGGAAGUAGAAGAAUAUUUGAUGAAACUCGAACUAAAAUCAAAAGAGGACGAACAAAGGGAAUUGCUGUUUGCAAUAUGUAAACAAGCAACUGCCUUAGAUCUAAAAAUGAUUAUACGUUUUAUAAAGCAGGACUUACGCAUUAAUGCCGGUGCACGUCACAUACUUGAUGCUUUCGAUCCACUUGCAUAUCCAGCGUAUCAAUCAUCUCGUGAUUUAGCCGCAGUUGUGAAACAAUUUUCAAAAAAUAUAUGCGCUAUGAAAAAUUUAAAUGCUAAAACUGCUAAAAAGUUUGGAUCUAAAGUGGGGCAAGUGCAAAUAAUGACUCCCAUUUCACCUAUGCUAGCAAACGCUUGCAAGUCCGUUGAGGAAGCAUUUAAAAAAAGUCCUCAAGGCUUGUACAGUGAAAUCAAAUAUGAUGGAGAGCGCGUACAAAUUCAUAAACAAGGCAAUGAUUUUAAAUUUUUUAGUAGAAAUUUAAAACCCGUUAUGGAUCAUAAAAUUAAACGGUUUAAAGAAUUUAUUCCAAAGGCGUUUCCUGGCGGUGGUGAUAUGAUACUAGAUUCAGAAAUUAUUUUAGUUGAUACAGUGACUGGUGAAUUACUACCAUUUGGUACAUUAGGUGCACAUAAACAAAAGGAAUAUGCUGCAGCAGAGGUUUGUCUAUUUGUGUUUGAUUGUAUCUUAUUCAACGGAGACGAUUUGACUGAUUCACCAUUUCGUGAGCGUCGAGAAAUUUUGGAAAACAACAUAAAACCUAUUCAAUCAUAUGUGCAACUAUCAGAAAGCCACUUUCUAAAGACAAAAAAUGAGUUAUCAGUUAUGACGGCUAAGGUGCUUAAAGCAAAUUUAGAAGGCGUGGUACUAAAAAAUCCUACUGGCACAUAUCAGCCUGGCAAGCGUGGUUGGCUUAAGGUUAAAAAAGACUACCUCUUUGGUGGGAAAAUGGCUGAUACUGCCGAUUUAGUAGUGUUGGGUGCCUGGUAUGGUUCGGGGAAAAAAGGUGGCAUACUUAGCAUAUUUCUAAUGGGAUGUUAUGAUCUUCGUGAUCAUUUAUGGAAAACUGUGACCAAAGUGCAUUCUGGAUUAGAUGAUGCUACUAAUGAAGAAAUACAUGAAAAGUUAAUGAAGUUAAUGGAACGGGCUGAUCCAAAUAAAUUACCAACAUGGUUUUUGUGUAAAAAACCACUUGUGCCUGAUUAUAUAGCAAAAUGUGCAGACAAAAUGCCAGUUUGGGAAAUAACUGGCGCUGAGUUCACAAAAUCCGAGGCACAUACAGCUGGUGGUAUAUCAAUAAGAUUCCCACGGAUAACCAAGUUACGAGAUGAUAAGUCAGCAAAGCAGGCUAAUGAUCUUGAAUAUUUGGAAAAACUAUUUGAGGCAUCUAAAAAAGACGUUAAUGUCGAUUUGUUAUUAGGUGAUUGCAAACAAGAGGACAUAUCUGAUGCUAUCGUAUCAAUAGAAAGCAAACUUAAUUUAAGCAUUUCACCAACAAAAAACUCAAACAACGACUGCAUCAAAUCUCCCAAUAACAAAAAACUUAAAAAAUCUUUAGAUAUUAAGGUUUUAGAAAAGCCAGAAGCAACUGGUAUUUCUAAAACUGUGGCAUCAAAAGAUAAUAAACAUAACUUAAGUGUUUCACCAACGACAAAUCGCAUCAAAUCUCCAAGUAACAAAAAACUUAAAAGACCUCUAGAUAUAAGGUAUUUAGAAGAGCCCGAAGCAUCUAGUGUUAGUAAGAAAAUGAAAUCUGAAUUAAAAGCAGAUGAAGUUCAAAUAUCUCAAAAACAAACGAAAUUAAACUUUUUUAAACAAGAUGUUGAAUUAGAGACCAAAUGUGUUAAAAGAAGACACACAUCCGGUAUCUUUAAAAAUAUAACUGCUUUUUUCAAUGAAGACAUAGAAGACAAGACAUGUAUUGAACUGUUUGAAUCCAAUGGUGGUGAAGUCACUAAAACGCCCAAAAAUGCGAGUUUAGCAUUUUAUAAAUCAGUAGACGAACAUGUAAAAUUAGCAGAGAUAAGGCAAACGUAUAAACCUUCUUGUCGUCAUAUUAGUGUCGACUGGGUGCAGGAUUCAUUGAAUGAAAAAACAUGUAAACCAUAUCCUUUGUAUGCGCUGUUUCUAUAAGAAUUUUCGUUUGUAUCUACUUUCAGUACUACUUUUUUUUUUGAAAUUAU